CUGCGAACCGGCCCAAUGGACACCGUUAACGAUUUUCCUUUCCUUGGACUCUUUUGUGACUGUGAAGGAGCCAAGGGAAAGCUUUCUUUCUCCAUGGCUACCUUCACCUUCGCCACGCUGUCACUAUCGUCCUCUCGUGUUUUUGUUCCCGGAGCUCCGAUUCUCUACCACCGUUCUCCGAACCGGAUACGGUUGCUUCCUCUCAGAUGCUCCUCUUCGGAGCCGGAAACCGCCAUGCCUCCCGCCGGCUGGACUCAGAAGCUGAUCGCCGGGGUCGCCGGUAUCGGAUUCCUCGAAACCUCGUACCUCACUUACCUUAAAAUCACCGGCUCCGACGCUUUUUGUGCCGUCGGCGGUGGCACCUGCUCCGACAUACUCGACAGUGAUUACGCCCUUGUUUUCGGUGUUCCUCUUCCUUUGAUUGGAAUGGCGGCGUAUGGCUUGGUUGCUGCUCUUGGUCUUCAAUUGGCGUCGAAGAAGUUGCGUUUUGGGAUUAGCAAAUCCAAUGCUCAACUAGUGUUGCUUGGAGCCACAACCUCCAUGGCAGCUGCUAGUGCGUAUUUUUUGUACAUUCUAACCACUAAAUUCUCUGGCUCGUCUUGCUCCUAUUGUUUACUUUCGGCUUUUUUGUCGUUCACCUUGUUUCUGGUUACACUCAAGGACCUUGGAUUUCAAGAGGUGUAUAAACAUCUGGGUGUGCAAUUGCUUGUUGCUAGCUUAGUGAUUCUCACGCUGAACACCUCUUAUAGCAAUUCUAAAUCUGCUUCCUCAAGCCUGGCUGAAAUUGAACUGCCAUAUUAUGCAACCGAGAUUACAACUCCAUCAAGCCCUUUUGCACUAUCUCUAGCAAGGUAUUUGCACUCCAUAGGAGCCAAAAUGUAUGGUGCUUUCUGGUGUUCACACUGUCAAGAACAAAAAGAGAUGUUUGGGCGUGAGGCAGCCAAGGAGUUGGAUUAUGUGGAAUGCUUUCCCGAGGGAUAUCGUACGGGAACUAAAAUGAUCAAGGCAUGCAUUGAUGCCAAACUUGAAGGUUUCCCUACUUGGAUUAUUAAUGGCCAGGUUCUAAGUGGCGAGCAAGAAUUAUCGGAGCUGGCUCAAGUGUCUGGUUAUGACGAAUCUGUUCAACCCAGUUAAGGCUUAGACUGAAAGUAACAAAAAUACAAUUUUAGAAAACACAUAACUGUACAGCUUAUAGAUGAGUCUUUGUUCUUGGUAGGCAUAUGUGGAGUUAUAAAUUUCUUUUCAUUACUCUAUAAUAUUUUGAAUUUUCUUUUAUCCACAUUUUUUUAUAAAAAAUUUAAUGACGCAAGAUGUUUGGA